GUUCCUGCAGCUAGAUGUGCGAGCUGCCGUUUGGAUAUGGGUGACUGGAGCUCUUGAUUUUCACGACGCGCACAGGAGUAUUCCAUACAUGGCAUGCAUGCUAUGCAUGCUAUGCAUGGUUGAUCAAUGUCAUAGUGCCACCACGUGGUGCCAUGAAACGGCCAUCAGAUCGAGAGUUUCCGUACGUGCCAUGGCGAGGUGGAGAUGCGCGUACCGGGACCGCCUCCCGAUGCCUUCGGUGAUCCGUCCCGCUUGCCUGUCGCAGGCCUCGUCUAGGUAUACGCAUACGGACGUUCGCCGCGCAGAAUACUUCCGUGCUUUGGACGCACAGAAGCGCGUAUACCGAGUGGAGAAGUCAGGUGGGCGGGAAAACUCAGGUGCGGGAGCGAGAAUAUCCCCACGAUGUCGUUUUAUCUCGGCUGGUUGGCUGCCUGUCGCUAAGCCAUCGAUAGAUCCGUACCGGACCGGUCGGUUGACCGUGCGUUGCCGUACGCCUCAUACCCCUAGUCGUCACGUAGGUGUUUAGAGGAGGUAAGUAGGCAUGUCGAGGUAGGGAUCCGUCGCCUGGUAGCUGUGGACGGGAGCUGAAGGCAUUGGUCGCUUGUUGGCAGCAGUAGUGCUACCUAGCUUCGAGGUAGGCGAGUGUGCAUGACACGGACCAUCCACACGGCCUUGGCCGAAGUCGGUUGGCG